AUUAAAUAAAUUAAAAAGUUUGCAUUCAUUAAAUUAUCAAAGUCUCUCGUAAAGACAAAAUUUAAAUAUCGAAGCUUUCAAAAUGGAUGACUACGUCAAACAUUUAUCAUUGGGAUCAUCCGCGGAGGACGUUGUAGAACCUUGCGCGAAAUUAUUGCAAUGGUUAUCGGUAACAUGUAAACAGGAUUACGAAUCGAAAAGUAUAGAAACUAUUAUUAAGGCGUCAGUGUUUCUUCAUGAAUGCAUUACACAUUAUGGUAAUGGAAUUGUCGAUGGUCUUGUAGAGAAUCAAGAGCCAUUUCUUAGAGCAUAUUUUGAGCAUUGUUUGAGUGAUUUUAAAAAUUUAAAUUGUAUUUCAUCAUUAAAUGAGAACAUUUUGCUAUCGUCAAAUACUUUAAAAAACGCAAUUAUUUUAGAUAAUAUACUUAAGAAUCUUAAAGAUAUUUAUUCGAAAUAUAUAUCAGUAAAAUGUCCUACAAAUUUAUCAUUGGAUAUCAAUAGCAGCAAAAUGAGUUUCCUGGCAAGCAAAUUGUUUCAAUUGCCCGUCACUCAAAUCGAUGCAGCCUUCGAUAAAAUAUGCAACGAAAUAGGUUUCGAAAUUUUAGGAUUUAUCUUUUGUACCGAUAUAAAUAAUUGCAUGUUCAUAAAGUAUGCGAUACUUGAAGAUAAAUUGUGUAAUAAAAUUAUAAAUCUUAAUACAAAUUCAGUAAAAUAUUUUAUAAGAUCGAUUAUUAGAUGCAUUGCAGUGAUGGACGAGGGGCAGACAUUUUAUAAAAAAUGUCUAGAAAGUAAGAAAUUCUUAGAAAGUUUAUGCGAAUUUUUUAAAAAAUUUCUACAUUCUUUAAAAUAUAUGCACACUAAUGAAGUCUUUCAAUUUCUAUCUCAUUCAGAAAUAUUUUAUUUACUUAGCAUUACGGUGAAGCUGAAACCGUCACAAGUGCUUAGGAAUAUCGAAAAUGCAAAUAUUAAUAUCGAUUUAAGUAAUAUGUUAACACAAUUGUGGAUAUUAUUUCAGACAUAG